CUAGUCCAUUGUUCUAGUAACUUUUUCUGGCAUCUUAUUAUGCCAUCACCUAUUCCUUUUAAUAGCUUUCUUCCUUUGGAGCUCUCCCCAUCUGCAGACUUGAGACCUUGCAGCAGCCCUGUAGUUAUCCCUGGCAAAGAUGGAAAAGCGUUCUUAGGAGGGACCCCCUCACCCAGGACACGCCGCCUGCCCCCACGCUUGGCUUGGUGCUCCAUUGACUGGGAUCGGCUCUGCCUCCUACAGCCCCUUGGCUCUGGAGGCUUUGGGGCUGUCUACAAGGCCACCUACCAUGGUGUGACUGUGGCUGUGAAGCAGGUGAAGAAGAGUAGCAAAAACCGGCUGGCAUCCCGACAGAGUUUCUGGGCUGAGCUGAACGUAGCCCGACUGCAGCAUGAUAAUGUGGUGCGUGUGGUGGCUGCCAGCACGUGUGCUCCUGCCAGUGAGAACAGCCUAGGCACCAUCAUUAUGGAAUACGUUGGCAACAUCACCCUGCACCAUGUCAUCUACGGCACUAGAGAUGUGUGGAGGCAGGGUGAGGAGGAAGGAGGAUGUGGGAGGAAGGCUCUGAGCAUGGAGGAGGCUGUGUGCUACUCGUGUGACAUUGUGACUGGCUUAGCCUUCCUUCACUCACAGGGCAUUGUGCACCUUGACCUGAAGCCUGCCAAUAUCCUCAUCACUGAGCAUGGAGCGUGCAAGAUCGGAGACUUUGGCUGCUCUCAGAGACUGGAGGAAGGCUUGUCCCAGAGCCACUAUGUUUGCCAGCAAGGGGGCACGUACACCCACCGUGCUCCUGAACUCCUCAAGGGUGAGAGGGUCACUGCCAAAGCAGACAUCUACUCCUUUGCCAUCACCCUCUGGCAGAUUGUCAUGCAGGAGCAGCCCUACCUGGGCGAACGGCAAUACGUGAUCUAUGCAGUGGUAGCUUACAACUUACGCCCUUCUCUGGAGGCCACCGUCUUCCAUGAGACAUCGGUGGGCCAAAGGCUUCACAGAAUCAUCAGCUGCUGCUGGAAGGCUGAUGUAGAGGAGCGCCUCAGUGCAGCCCAGCUGCUCCCCAGCCUCAGGGCCCUGAAGGGGAACUUCUAGGGGAACUCAAGGUUACUCUCAAUUUCUUUCUCUCCACUUUUCCUUCAAAAAUAAUGACUGUAGCCUCUUUGACUUUGAUAUUUUUAUAUUUAAAAAAAGAUAUUUUGUUAUAAGAAAAUAAAGACUUUGAAUGAAUCUGUUUUUUGAACUACAGAGGGGAUAGAGAGGCAAGGAUCAAGGUGUUGGUGAGAAUAGUUUUUUUUUAAUGGCUCCUUUUUUAGUUGAUCUCUGGUGUGCUGCCUCACUUAGAGGAAAAACUGGAGACAAAGAAAAAUCAUUUUCAAGUACAAAAGAGUGCUGUUUCUGGAUAGCAUUUUGUAUAUAACAUUUUCUGGUAUUGCCAAAUUUGAGACAUGUAGUUCUUUCGAUUAACUAGGCCUGGGCAUUUGAGAUUUUCAUAGACGAAUACAGAAUACCAGUGUUUGUUGUCUAUUCUUGUUCUUAGAUGUAAGUUCACUGUUUCUGAAAUGAAAAAUGUAAAAUACCUUAUGUCCCUGUUGAAAGGAGGGACCUUCUUACAUUUAAUAGCCUCUGAUUGACAAGAAGAUGAACAUACUAACAAGCUGUUCUUUUCCAAGUUUCCAGUCUUUCCAUGCUACCAGGCGUUUGUUGGAACUCACUAGCUGGUAUAUUGUAAACUGCAGUACCUGAAGUAUUACAAGAGCAUCUCACGUGGAACAGAAAGUUCCUAGAUCUUGGAGAUAGAGUAAAUUUUAAAUAUGUAUGAACUGACAGGGAGAUGCAUAGAUGCAGAAACCUCAAACUGGGGAAUGAGUGCAAGAAAUUACUCUCUCUUCUUAAUAUGUGGGUCAGUACCAGAUAAGAUACAAAAGUCUGGAAAGGAAGGUUGCUUAAAGCAGUAAUAAUAAUAUUUUGCUAGUGCUUAAAAUGUAUGUUGUUGAACAAACCUCUGCUCAUGACUGCACUGUUUCUUAUCUAAUGUCUUUCCUAAUCUGGUUGUAACGUGUCUGGGAGAGGAACUGCUCUAGGCAAUGUUAGAGACAGAGCUCUGGUUUUUCAUUUAUCAAAACCAAUCAUUAUAGAUCUGUCUAGAUCUCAGCCCUUAUCUGGAACCAUAAAGAUCUGGCUGCUGUAUCUGAUACUGUCAUUCUCAAGAACUACACUUUAUGAGAGAGUAGGAGUGAGGUUUUGGUCCAAUUGUUUUUCUUUCCUCCCCCUUUCUUCCAUUCUGGGGGGGAAAAAAAAAUCUUGAAGGCAUUGAGCCAUUUUCCUGGUUUCUGACAUGCAUCUGUUCUCAGCCCCAUGAAAUCCUGGAAAUGAGCAACUAUGUAUAUUUGAGAUGAUUCUAUAGGUCUUCAUGGUGUUUGGGUUGUUCUUUGAAAUUCACUAUUUAUAAAGCAGAGCUAAGCUUAACUCUUUCUUUUCUGUCCCUCCUAAGUGGAACUACAAAAUGCCUGUUGGAACUGAGAAAAUGUUGUAAUUUUGUUUGUUUUUCCUGUCAAAAUAAUUACGCUAUAAAACCAGAACUUGUUUUACAUGUUGUAUAACUUCUCUUGAUAAACAGUAACUAUCUUACAGAACUUGUUAUAAUGAGCCAGUUCCUUUUUACAAUGAUUAGCUAAGGGCACGUAAAAUAAACUGUCAGAUAAAGCCAUUGGUGCAUCUCACAUUAACUUCAAGCUGUAGUGGAUUCUCUUUCAGGAUAGAGUAAGAACUCUGCACGGUACUUAAUAUUUAGGUACACUGUAAUAUGCUGUCAUAACAAUGUGUUUGCUUUUUUUUUUUUUAAAAUGGCUUUUCCUAGAAGGAUUACAGAGUCCUGUCAGAGCAUGUAGAGCUGGGUUUAGAGAAGUGAAAGCCCAUCUCAGAUUGAAUCUGGUGAGGGCUGUGAAGAGCAACAGGAAGGUUUUUACAGGUACAUCAAUAGCAAAAGGAACAGUAGGUUGAAUCUGGGCCCACUGAUUAAUGGGGCA